GGGCUGGGUCUUCAACUGUUAUCCACAUUAGUGACUCUGAUGAUGAGAAGGCAAAGGCUUGUGUUUCAAAAAGUAACGGUGUAGGCAGGAAUUUAACAUUUCCACACCAGAUAAAAGAAGAGGAUGUAAAGGAAACUUCAUUGUCCAAGAGGAACAGAAGCUUAAGUGAUAGUGACAAUGGUGACAGUUCUUUAUCUGGCAAACAAAAGACAAGAUCUAUUCAAGAAUUAAAUCGUGAUGGAAAGCUGUCCUUAGCUCAUGACAAUUCAUAUGAAAUGGUGUUUGUGACAAGAUGUGAUGACAAAGAUGGAGGGAAGUCUAAUUCUCAAACUUCUUCCAGAAGAUCUGAUUUAUACAAGCUUGAUGAUAUUGGUGAUGAUAGUUCUUCAGAUUCAGGGAAUGAUCCCUUGAGUGACAAAAGUAUGGAUAUGUUAAUCCAAAGUUACCAGCUUGAAAAAGAAAGAAUUACAAGAUGUAAAAUGUUCUCUUCAGAAGAUGAUUUAGGCGAUAAUUUUCUCCAAACAUCUCUUCCAAGGGGCUUGGUAAUACAACGAGACAGGAGUUGA